AUGUUUAAACAUGUACGAUUACCAUUACAACAUGAAAUUCAUCGUACAGAUUAUGACUAUGCAUUUGGUGAAGUUGAUAAUAACUUAUUAAGUUCUCGAUCAUCAUCAACAUUAUUUGGUAGCGUAGCUGGUUCUUUCUUUUCACCAGCUAUCGAAGCUAUUUGUAUAGAUACAAAUAUUGUUGAUCCAGAAGAACAAGAUAAAAUCGGAUAA